UGCCGUAGCGUUACACUUCCAUAUCCCGGUGGUAGACAUGUCUCGCGCGGCAAAAAAACGAAGAUUAGAUAAAACCCGACAGGACAGCCUAUAUUUUGAUAGCUAUUCCGAUGUGACUGUUCACGAAGAAAUGAUAGCGGACCAUGUACGAACUAACACGUACAGACGGGCCAUUCUGAAGAAUAGCGAAUCUAUUCACGGUAAGGUUGUGCUGGACGUGGGGGCAGGGACCGGCGUUUUGAGUAUGUUCUGCGUCCAAGCCGGUGCAAGAAAAGUGUACGCCGUGGAAGCGUGUUCUAUCGCGGAGCAAGCUGUGAAAAUAGUCAAACACAACAACAUGGAGGAUAAAAUUGAAGUCAUUCGAGGGACUAUUGAGACUGUGGAACUACCGGAAAUGGUGGAGGUGAUUGUGAGCGAGUGGAUGGGUUAUGCCCUCCUGCACGAAUCCAUGCUAAACUCCGUCUUGUACGCGCGCGACAAGUGGUUGAAAAAGACUGGAGGUAUUAUUCUGCCCAACAAAGCUGAACUCUUCAUCACGCCCAUUUGCGAGCCGGUGGUGGAGGACCGCUUACACUUCUGGUAUAAUGUCAAAGACCAGUACGGCGUCGACAUGUCAUGUAUGAGUGACUUUGCCAGGAAAUGUAUAAAGAACUCGGACAUUUCUGUCAGCCCGGUGACUGCCGAGGACGUGUUGUCCCACCCGGCCCGGUUCGCUGAGUUGGACCUACACACGGUCACUGUGGAGCAGCUGCAGUCAGUCAAGGGUCAUUUCAAGUGCGAGUCUUUCGGCUCGGCUUCCGUCAAUGCAUUUUGUGUCUACUUCACGGUGUCGUUCCCGUGUCCGGACAAACCGCAACCUCUCGUUCUUUCCACGUCCCCAUUCAAUCCCGAGACCCACUGGAAGCAAGCGGUUUUGUACCUGGAUGAGCCGGUGGACGUAGUUCAAGACACACCGGUGAUUGGGGAGGUCAAUGUGUACCCCUCGGAGGAAAGUGACCGACAUGUCUGCAUUCACCUUGAGUACACGAUUGGAAACCAAAAAACACACUCCAAGACUUUUUCUAUCCCUGACUGGACCUCGGAAACGCUAUCAUAGUAUACAAGCUGACAAAUGUAAAACAACUCUGACUAAUAAGGGCUUUAUGGGGUGUGCUAGUACAUUGUCCUUUCACAGAUUUAAUACGGGCUAGAAAAUUAUUUCUUUUUUUGUCGUCAUGCAUGCAUCUUUUUUUCUCUUCAUCAUACAUUUCUAUCUGCGAUAUACAAUACCCCCAAAAAGUUCAGUUACUUCUCUGCCAGGCCUUGUUUCGCUGGAAUCUCCAGUCAUGACAGUUGUCAUCGUCAUGUGUGCGUUAGAUUUUAGAUGUUUCCAUCUCCAGUAUAUUGACUUCAAAGUUCAGUUGUAUUUAAAAAGACCUUCAACAUCUCAUAUUUUCCUUCUACAAAAUCUACAGAGUGCAGUGUAAAAAGCAAUUUUCCAACAUCUUGAGUGCAUUGCAAUGUAUGUGUGAUAUUUCCCCCUACAUAGUUUUUAUUUUUUAACUGUCAGUUCAUCACAAAUGAAUAAAAUUUGGGAAACGGGCGAACAAAUUAAAUAAAUGGUUUGACUUCACUUUGGAUUGUGUUCUUUCACUUGUAAAAAAAAAAAAAAAACCUGUAAAUGACCCUAAGCAGUACCUCGUGGGCUCUAGUAUGAUUACUUGAUUACUUCAAAUAUCAUAUUUUCGUCAUUUAAUGCUGACUAGAAAUUUUCAGAUGAUUAAUAGUUAGUCAUACAACACACGCACUAAUUCAAGACGUAAUAUUGUAAUUGUCUGGUGUAGGGCUGCAGCUAUCGAUUAUUUUGGUGGUCGAUUAAUCAACUAGUUUGAGUAAUCGAGUUAGGAAUAUUUAAUGUGUUGCAUAAUACAUUUUAGGAGAUGUAAAGACAAAGGUU